AUGGCUAAAGAGAAGAAAAUACAGCUCAAGCGAGUUUUUGGCUAUAUCUGGGGCACAAGUUUUUUGAUCGUUAAUGUUAUUGGUGCAGGGAUUUUUGUGUCCCCCAAAGGCGUACUGAAGUAUUCUUGCAUGAACGUGGGGCUCUCCCUGUGUAUUUGGGGUGGCUGUGCUGUACUGUCCAUGGUAACAUCGCUCUGCUAUGCAGAGAUAGCCAUCAACUUCCCAUGCAGUGCAUGCCACUACUAUUUUAUCAAGAGAUGCUUCGGGUCCCCAGUGGCUUUCCUACGUCUCUGGACAACCUUGUUUCUGGGGCCAGGGAUAUUGGCUAGCCAAGCACUGCUCCUUGCUGAGUAUGGGAUUCAGCCUUUUUAUCCCAGCUGCUCUGCCCCAAACCUGCCAAAGAAAUGUCUGGCACUGGCCAUGUUGUGGACUGUGGGAAUUUUAACUUCUUGUGGCGUAAAACAGGUGACUUGGCUUCAGCUAGCUAGCACAGUGCUGAAAAUGUCCAUCCUUGGCCUCAUUUCCCUCAUUGGAGUGGUGUUGCUGGUGCAAGGGAGACAGCAGAAUGUCCGCCAGUUUCAGAAUGCUUUUGAUGGUGAACUUCCAGAUGCCAUCCAGUUUAUAGAAGCUGUCUUCCAAGGAUACUUUGCAUUUUCAGGAGGGGCAUGCUUCACAUUCAUAGCAGGGGAGCUGAAGAAGCCCAGAAAGACGAUCCCCGCCAUCAUAUUUACUGCGAUCCCUCUGCUGACUGUACUUUAUCUCCUGGUAAACAUUUCCUACCUGGCUGUCCUGACACCCAGGGAAAUUCUCUCUUCAGAUGCUGUGGCUGUCACGUGGACAGAUCGAAUGUUGCCCUCAUUGACAUGGUUUAUUCCUUUCGCUAUUUCUGCUUCAUUAUUCAGCAAUCUUAUGAUUAAUGUAUUUGAUUGCUCAAGAGUGGUAUAUCUUGCUGGCCAACAGGGCCACCUGCCUUUGCUAUUUAAUACACUUAAUACUUAUUCCUCUCCACUUAUAUCUGUGCUGCUACUUGUCAUUAUGGGAUCCCUUACAAUUGUCAUAACAAACCUCAUUGAUUUGAUAAACUAUCUUUAUUUUAUGAGCUCUUUUUGGUCUGUGUUAACAGCCAUAGGAAUUCUAAGACGGAGAUUGCAGGAACCUGAUCUAACUUCACCUUAUAAGGUGCCUGUGCUAUUUCCCUUGGUGAUGUUGGGCAUGUACCUGUGCAUGGUUGUGAUACCUCUGGUGACGUCUCCAAGUAUGCAUUAUAUGUACGCGUUUCUCUUUAUUUUCAGUGGACUAUUGCUUUACGUACCUUUAAUACAUUUUAAACUGAGAUUGGCUUGGUUUGAAAAGAUGACUUGCUAUUUACAAUUGCUAUUUAAUAUUUGUCUCCCUGAUGUGUCAGACGAACAGAUGUCAGAAGUGCAAACUGUUAAAAGAAUUUAGCUUUCUAAUAACACACCCAAUUCCAGUUAAAAAUGAAACACACACGGUGAAACAUUCACGAUGAAAUUGCUGUGGUGACUUUCUUUCUCAACUGAAAUAAUGUACAUAAAAGUGCCCAGCACAGUCUCUGCUUCAAGAUCACAAAGAAAUUACUUACUAAGCGCGACGAAAGCUCUGUUUUGUUCAGUAAAAAACUUUUAAGUCUUAGUUUGCAUAGCGGGAUAUAUUGUUGAUAUC